AUGGCUUCCACUACCAAGAUCAUCACCCUCUUCGUGACCCUGACUGCCAUGGCAUCCGCCAGCUGGGUCCCUCUCUUCGCUUUGAUGGCCGGUUCGGCCCUCACCCACGCCUGUCCCAUCCCCAGCAACAGCACCGGAGUCGAUGCUAUUGUCUCAGGCAUGACCACCCUCGCACUCGACUACGUGGCCUUCCAGAACGGAGUCCGGCAUUUCAACGGCACCCAAGAUCAGUACGACAAUGGUCUGUAUGGGGAGAUCACCGUCGAAAAGGCCAUCAAAUAUGUCACCGAGGUGACUAUUGCCUCGGAUGCACUCAACGCCAAUGAGAGCCAGCAGGUUCUGAAUGCCAUGAAGCUUCCUUAUCCUACUUUUAUGCAGGAGUUGCUGCACGAUAUAGCAACCAUGGCCCCACCCAUCGCCAGACUCAACAAGACAGCAGACGUGAUUGCCAUCAUCCAGGGCUUGAACAAAAUCACCGAUCAACUUACCGGGGCGGUGCAGAAGAAGGUAGUUCCAGAUGUAGCAAAAAAGGUGGCUAAUGGACAGAUGUGGGUGGAUAAGUUGUUUACGGAUACCAUUCGUGCAUAUCAAAUGUGA